AUGCCAUCACUUCGGCUACUCCUCCAAGUAGCAGUUACUGUAGCUCAGCAAACUUACAAUGAAAUGUCCACGAUUGACCUUUUUGGCAAUCGAAACCCAAUUUUUAACUAUAUGCCAAAUCCUGGUCAUGUCGAUCCAUCAUUAUUGGAUCAGCGAGAAAAAUACAUGGAUCUAAGGGAAGAGGAAGGAUGGUGGCAUCUGUUUCCAUAUGGACCACUCUAUAACGAUGCGAAUUUGCUUAACAAACCACAUCAUGAUCGACAAAUUGAUUUUGACUUCGAUUUUCCCUAUUAUGGCUUUCGUUUCAACUACACAAUGGCGAGUUUUAGAAUCUAUCCGAAUGGUCUUCUAGCUUUUUCCGAUCCAGAAUUUAUCCAGCCUCCGUAUACUUUCCCAAAUCCGCGAUGGCCAGAGCAAAAGGAUGCGUCUUUCAUUGCCGCGUUUUAUGCUGACCAGAUUUUUCAAUUCGUGGGCGAGAGAGGGAUUUCCAAUGUGUGGUAUAGAAUAAUUUUUCGACCACGAGCCUUUGAAACAUUUGACGAAUGGGGAAGCCCUCUUAUGGAAACUGGAAGUCAAUAUAGCAGCAUGUUCGAGACGCAUAGAGAUCGCUACGAGAAAAAGAUGUGGGGUCGAGUAGAGGACACUUAUCUCCUAGAUAAUAUCACAAUGGCUAUUCGUGAAGGAAUCAUUGGAGCCAACGGAUUUCGUGCUGACUAUGCCGUCAUAGUCACUUGGGAGCGUAUGGCGUAUGGUGGAGCACCAAAAGUUACGCAGGCUGGAUUCAACGCAGGAAACGGCACCGGAUGGACGCCGCUACCGUAUUCCGGGGAAGGACGAGUGAUUAAGCUAAAGGAGUUCUCCAAUGUUGGAGUACCGGGAAGAUGGCUGUUCCGAGUUGAUGAGGAGAUAAUACGUGGUGGAUGCAGUAACGAGAGUAUUGGGUAUUUGACGACGGCGCCCAUAGCUGCAACGAUGAUUGGCGGUGUCUAUGUGAAUGUCUCUGGUCCCUGUCUGCGUGGAGGCGAUGUGGUCAAAGUGAUAUUUGACGAAUACCAAGUAGAUUGUGUCAGGCUGAAUAUGCACAGAGCUCAAUGCGUCCUACCAGUGAAUCGCAUGUACAAAACUGGCCUGGUGAACGUAAGGAUGAGCCGGGAUGGUGGGCAAAGCUACCCUUAUGUUGGCACAUUUUACCUGUUGCAACCAGCUCUUGCUACCCCAGCCAUUAAGCUGAUCGACAACCCGAGAGAGCCGCAUAAUAAUUGGCGCAGCGCGAACGCUACACGUCUCCGCCUUGAAUGGGCACCGUAUAACUUGACCAAUGACAUGAAUGCUAUGGUAGAUAUAAAACUGUUGGGAUAUUGGGAGGACACGGAUGACCAUGUUUUUGAAGAGAUAGGUACUAUCGCCGAACGAACUUCCAAUGAUGGAUCAUACGAGUUUGAUCCACGAACAUUGGCCAGAACGAGCAUGCUUUUUGAUUCAUGGAGACGAUAUUCUUUUGGCGGCGUCAGAAUUUCUAUUUCGGAUACUGAUGAAAGCACAGGAGUGUUCUGGAGCAAGCUCACACCGUUUGGAUGGUACUUCCGUGAUGUUUGGGAAUAUGAAUAUGGGAGAGAUUGGGCGCUGGAACUUUGUCAGGAUUGGUUCGAUUACGAUGGUAAGCGAGUCAACUUUGCAAUGGAUCUCGAGCCGUUCUUACCAUGUCCAUGCACCCUCGAUCAGGCCAUGUUGGAUUUGGGUAGAUACAUGCCGUUGAUCGGGUGCGAUCGCGAUGGAGAUGCUUCUUGCGAGUACAACAAGGGCUCACAGCAUUGUGUAAUGAGCGUUGCGUCAACGUGGACAGGAGCUGGUCAAGUGUGCUGCUAUGACUAUGAAGGAUGGCUAAUGCAUUCAGAUGACUAUGAAAACGCUGCACAUCUGCGUUUCUUCAGUCCAGGAACCGCCAUGAGGGCACAUCCUAUGGGUUCAUUCCCGUUCAAGCGACCUCCCUAUGUUCCAUCGCUUUCCAACUUUCACACGGAUAUAAUGGCUUAUGAAAAAUGCUGCAAGUGGGCUGGUGCUUGCGAGUUUUACUUUUGGCGUAGGCAAACCAGCGGCUGCCAGGAGUACAUACCACCGGUGGCAGGAAUUGCGUAUGGUGAUCCACAUUUUGUCACCUUCGAUGGGACACGAUACACUUUUCAAGGAAAGGGAUAUUACAUUCUUACAAUGAGCAAAGACCCGCGUCAUGAUUUCCAAGUGCAAAUUCGAAUGGAACAGCCUCCAAAAACUGAUUGUAAGUAACU